GACAACUUGUGUGCGUUUGUCCGACAUCCACGACAUCCGUCACUUUCUUGCUGGAUCGAGGCCUUUGUUGGCUCAGCUUUGACUCACGCGGCUUUACUGGCUAGUUUCGCAUACUGCGCCUGCGACUGUUGACUCUUAUUCGGUCCAUUUCACUUGCACGACCCCGCCACUCCGUUCCUCCACACCCGGUAGAUUCAUAACAUCUCCGACGUAACACACGACAUUCACUAUGGGGCCAAAGAAAGGAAAGAAGAAGGUCCAGGACGACGACUGGGAGGCCGAGCUCGGCGAAUCCAUUGCGCCGCAAGAUGCCACUGCAGAGCCCGCGGCGGACGAAGCUGCUCCCGAAGAUGAAUCCAUGGGUGGCGGCCUCAUGGCUGCUCUCCAGCGACGUGGCAAGAAGAAGAACAAGAAGGGCGCGAACACUGAAGUAGAAGGCGAGGAUCCUCCGGUCGAGAACGCGGACUUGGACCUUGAGAGCAAGGCUCCACAAGAGGGCACCUUUGACGAUGAGGAUGAGGAUGUCUUUGCUGGCAACUACGGCAAGAAGAAGGGCAAGGGCGGUGCUGCUGCUGCGAAGGCGGAGGAACCCAAGGAAGAGCAGACAGACGAUGCGCCGCGGGUCAAGACCAAGGCGGAGAAGGAAAAGGAGAAGAAGGAGAAGGAGAAGCAGCGCAAGAAGGAGCUGGCUGCAAAGAAGAAGGGUAGUGCUCCUGCAAAGGCUGAGCCCGCCGCCGCAUCGACGCCUGCACCCGUUGCUGAAGCAUCAGCUCCUGCACCUGCUGAGCCUGCUGCAGGUGGCAAGAAGAAGAAGGUUAGCGCUGCCCUCGCUGCGCUCCAGAAACAACAAGAGGAGCGAAAGAAGAUGGAAGAGGAAGCAGCACGUCUCGCUGCUGAAGAGAGGGCUAAAAUCGAGGCUGAGGAGAGAGAGUUUGCCGAAGAAGCCAAGCGGAAAGAAGAAGCAAAGUCAUUGAAGAAGCAGAGAGAAAAGGAGAAGAUUGAGCAGAUGAAGAAAGAAGGCAAAUACCUGACCAAGGCCCAGAAAGAAGCAAAGGCAAAGAACGAACUCCGGCUGAAGCAACUCCUCGAGAGCGGUAACGCGACGGUUGCAGCGUUUGACGACGACGCCGAGGAGAAGAAGAAGCCAAAGUACGAUGAUCGCAAAAAGAGGAAGAAGCAGGCCCAGGAGCAGAAGGAGAAGGAGGCCCGCGAAGCUGAAGAAGCUGCAAAGAAACUCGAGGAGCUCAAGAUAUCUGAGCAAGCUGCUGCCCUCGCUGCCGAAGCAGAGAAAGCCAGGCUGAACGCUGAGGAGAAGAAGGGCGAGGGCGAAGUCUCUGGCGACGAUUGGGAAGCUCAGGCCGACGAUUUGGAGGGCGUCAAAGACAGCUGGGAUGUCGACACAGAUGAAGAGGAGGAGCGGAAAGCAUCGGAGAAAAAGGCGAAGGACACCAAAGCAGCAGAGGAGGCAGCAGCUGCUGCAGCCAAGGAUGAAGACGAGGACUCUGACUCUGACUCCGAGGACGACAGCGAAGACGAUUCUUCAGAGGACGAGCAGGGUACUGCUACACAGCGAGCUGAGGCUGCCCGCAAGGCUGCCGCUGCCGAGCGACGGAAGCAGGCCCACGAAGAAGCUAUGGCAGCACGUUCGAAAGACAAUCUGCGAUCUCCUAUUUGCUGUAUUCUUGGUCACGUCGAUACCGGCAAAACGAAGCUGCUCGACAAGAUCCGACAGACCAACGUGCAAGAAGGCGAAGCUGGAGGUAUCACGCAGCAGAUUGGUGCCACUUACUUCCCAGUCGAAGCUCUCCAGAAAAAGACUGCGGUUGUCAACCAGGACAACUCUUUCGUUUUCAACGUUCCUGGUCUUCUCAUCAUCGACACACCUGGUCACGAGUCCUUUACUAAUCUCCGAUCGCGAGGUUCGUCACUUUGCAACAUCGCUAUCUUGGUCAUCGAUAUCAUGCACGGCCUCGAGCCUCAAACUAUCGAGUCGAUGAAGCUGCUUCGAGACCGGAAGACGCCCUUCAUUGUCGCUCUCAACAAGAUCGAUCGUCUGUUUGGGUGGAAGAAGAUUGACAACAACGGCUUCGAGGACAGUUUCCAGCUUCAGAAGGCGGCAGUUCAGGCCGAAUUCGAGGAGCGAUGGACAUUUGUGCGUACCCAGCUGGCCGAGCAGGGAUUCAACUCGGAGUUGUUCCACAAGAACAAGAACAUGUCCAAGUAUGUCUCCGUAUGCCCGACGUCUGCGCAUACUGGUGAAGGUAUCCCAGACAUGAUCAAGCUCAUUGUCAAGCUUACCCAAGAACGCCUGACCAACAACCUCAUGUAUCUGUCUGAAGUCGAGUGCACGGUGCUUGAAGUCAAGGUCAUUGAAGGUCUCGGUACGACGAUCGAUGUCAUCCUCAACAACGGUGUUCUCCACGAAGGUGAUCGCAUAGUACUCUGCGGUAACCCGGAGCCCAUCGUAACCAAUAUCCGAGCACUUCUCACUCCCGCUGAGAUGAAGGAACUCCGAGUCAAGUCUCAGUACGUGCACAACAAGGAGGUCAAGGCAGCUAUGGGUAUCAAGAUCGCCGCCGACGGUCUGGACCACGCCAUCGCCGGUUCGCGAUUGCUAGUUGUUGGUCCCAACGACGAUGAGGAAGAUCUUAUGGAUGAAGUGAUGGGUGAUCUGGCACAUCUGCUGAGCAAGGUGUCCAAGACUGGCCGUGGUGUGUCGGUCCAGGCCUCGACACUCGGUUCUCUCGAAGCCUUGCUCGAGUUCCUGCGCGUCUCCAAGAUUCCUGUAUCCACCAUCUCCAUCGGCCCUGUUUUCAAGAAGGAUGUCCUGCGCGCAGGUGUCAUGCUGGAAAAAGCCAAGGAGUUUGCCGUCAUGUUGUGCUUCGAUGUCAAGGUCGACAAGGAUGCCAAGGCGUAUGCUGAGGAGAUUGGCGUCAAGAUCUUCGAAGCUGACAUUAUCUACCACUUGUUUGACAAGUUCACAGCGCACAUGAAGACGCUGGAGGAGCAGAGGAAGGAAGAGUCGAAGAUGUUGGCAGUGUUCCCCUGCAUUCUGCGGCCAGUCGCCGUCUUCAACAAGAAGGACCCCAUCGUCGUUGGUGUGGAUGUUGUCGAGGGCAACCUCAAAAUGACAACGCCCAUCUGCGCAAUCAAGAAGAACCCCGUCACCGGCGUCAAGGAGAUUGUCAAUCUCGGGAGAGUCACAUCCAUCGAACGCGACCACAAGCAAAUCCAAGUCUGCAAGCGCGGCCAACCCUCCGUCGCCGUCAAGAUCGAAGGCCCCAACCAGCCCAUGUACGGCCGCCACCUGGAAGAAAACGACACACUGUACUCGGCCAUCAGCAGGAAGAGCAUCGACACGCUCAAGGAGUUCUUCCGGAACGAUGUCAGCCAGGACGAGUGGAAGCUCAUCAUGGAGCUGAAGAAGCUGUUUGAUAUCGUUUGAGAGCGGGGGUGACUGUGUAUGUAUGUUUAGGGUGGGUGGGGGGUUGUUUUGGGGGCGUUCAAAGCAUGGUUUGGCGUUUGUUGGCGGGACUUUUACUCGGGUGGUGGGUGUAUGGAGAGACAAAAGUCGGUUUCGCGUAGGUUGGUAGACUGUAUGCAUUUUUGCCUUUACUUGAGAUUGAUCUAGUCUUCGGCUUUGUCAAACGCCUUGUUCCAUUCUAGUUUCUCAUCCUCCUUACAUCCGCCCGAGUUUACUAAGAGCAUCUCAUCACAACC